UGUAAGGUUUGGCAAGCUUGAAAAAAAAUGUAUGCAUCAUGCUGCCUCUAUCGAAAGAAACUUGAGAUAGACUGAUGCAAGGAGGCAGACAAAAAGCAUGAUGGCGCCUACUUGUACAUAAUUGUAGUUUAAUUCAUUUAAUAGGCCGUCAUUAAAUGUACGUCGAAAAUAAUAAUCUUAUAAUAGUGGGAAAUAGUGGUUGUGUUCAGGACUAUUCGUCCGUGAAAAAUGGCCACAAAAGAAUCUGGUGUUACCAUCGACGAUGGUAUAGCGGAACCUGGCAUAGAGCCGGGUGCGUCCGCUGAAACGAUGCUCGUUACAACAGAUAGCUUUGAGGAAUACGAACAAGAGAUGAGUAGCAGUAUCGACGAUAGACAAAUGAAGGAAAGUACGACAAGUACUAUAUCGGAAAUUCAGGACGACGUACAAGACAUUCCUAUGACGCCUACUGCUAAGAGCCCUCACGAUUUAAAGAAAGAUGAAUCCUUAGAUGAAUCCGAUAUGGACGACAUUGCUCAUCGUUUAGGUCAAAGUAGUUUAGAUGCCGAUCCGUUGCGUUGUAAAAUCUGGUUAGCCCAAAGGAAACACGUAUUUAUUUUAAGUCAAGCAGGAAAACCCAUAUAUUCUCGAUACAGUUCAGAGGACAAACUAGUCACACUAAUGGGUGUUAUGCAAGCUCUAGUAUCCUUUGUCCAAGCUGGCAGCGAUAUGAUUAGAUCUGUACAUGCCGGAGAUACUAAUUUUGUCUUCUUCGUUAAAGGACCAUUAAUAUUAGUUGCAGUUUCCAAAACAUUGGAAAGUGUACCUCAACUUACUUUACAGCUUACAUAUGUAUAUAAUCAGAUAGUCUCAGUUUUAACCCAAUCUCAAUUAACACGAGUAUAUGAUCUACGAAGGAACUUUGAUUUGCGAAGAUUAUUAAGCGGCAGUGAAAGACUGAUAGAUCAUUUAUUGAAUUUUAUGGAUAGAGAACCUGCUUUCUUUCUAGGAGCUAUUAAAUGUUUGCCUUUACUUCCCUCAAUGAGGGCCUCUAUAACGCAAACUAUUAUACAAACCUGUGGCAAAAUAAAGAAUUUGGUCUUUGCGAUACUCUUGGCUAAUAAUCAACUGGUCACAUUAGUUAGAAUGAAUAAGUUCUUUUUACAUCCAGUGGAUUUGCAUUUAAUACAAAACUUGGUCGACAGUUCAGAGUCCCUUAAGACUUUCGAAAUAUGGACCCCAAUAUGUUUGCCAAAAUUUGAUGCCAACGGUUAUAUGCACGGCCAUGUCUCGUAUCUGGCGGAAGAUUGUCAAGCAUGCUUAUUAUUACUUACUGUGGAUAGACACGUAUUCUUUGUACUUUCAGAAGCUAAACAAAAAAUAGUGGAGAAAUUAAGGAGGACAAAUUGUUUAGAAGCGAUAAAUGAAUCUAUGAAUAAAACACCAAUUACGACCGCGGAUAUCGGCCUACCUGAAAUGCGGCAUGUUCUGUACAAAUGUAAAAGCACGGCGCAAUUUUGGAGUCCUGGUCUUCAACCGCCAUAUACCACUGAUGAGGAAAUAGAACGAUUACUUGGACAGUAUCAAUGUCUGCAUCACAGAUUACACUCUCCUAAUCGACCAUUAAAAUUAAUCUUUCAACAAUUGGAUAAAGAGACUAUGUUGGCCUGGGUAACUUCAGGUUUUGAAAUUUAUGUAACGUUCGAGCCACUUGUUACAAAGCCUGAUGCAAUUGAUGCAGUUAGUAAACUAUUGAAGUGGAUAAAAAAAGAAGAAGAGAGACUAUUUAUAUUAAAUUCACCUACUUUCUAAUGAACUUAUGACAUUAGCAUAAUCUUAGUCUCAGUUAAUCGAGAUUAUCUAAUUUUCAUUUACUAUAUAAUAGUAUAUAAUUUUGCAUCAUUGCAAAGUACAUAUAUUAAUACCAAAUUUAGUAAAAUUCUUUUUUAGUUGAACGAAAAAGAAAAAGAAAGAAAGAAAGAAAGAAAGAAAAGAAAGAAAAAAGAAAAAAAGAAAAAAAGAAAGAAAAAGGAAAAAAAAGAAAAAAGAAAAAGAAAAAAUAUGAUUCCUCUAAAUAUAAUAAUGACAAUCUGCAAUUUUAACGCAGUAGUUUUGGUCAUACUUAAAUAUGAAGCCACCAAAACACAUUUUGUUAAAAGUACCUGGAUGCACUAACACCUUGUCGAAAGAAGUUGUAUUAUUUACAAUUAUCUUUAAGUAUAUAGUGAUAUAUUUUAAUUGUUACAUUAAAUUAGAGCGAUAACUAUUGAGAAAUAUAUGAAUUUCUAUGCAAAUGUAUAUAUUCCUGAUGAUGAAUAAUCACAGAGAUUGUAUUUCUAGAUAGGCUACACGACAUUUAUUUUAAUAUCUGAUAUGAGUGUGUGCGUGCCUCUGUGCGUGUGCGUGUGCGUGUGCGUGUGCGUGUACCGGGG